AGUAAAAGAAAUUUCAAUUUAAACAAAAAAAGAUCUCAUUUUCUCUUCAUUUUCUUGCAAUUCGAAGCAACGAAUAACUUAUUAAAAUCAAAACAAUGAUCUAAAGGAUGAAUUUGUUGUUGAGUUGAAGUCGGGUCAACAAAUUUGAAAACAAAUUUAGGAACCCAUAUGGGUUCCUCGUUGUGCAGCCUUGCCAAAUCUAGAUCUAGAACAUUAGACUUGAAGAAGGCAUGAAUGGAGAGGAGGCUUAGCAACGGAGAGAAAGAGAGAGGCAAGGGUGAGAGGAUGCCAAGAUCUGUUGAAACCUAGACUAAGAAUAGAGAUGGGUAGUGGAUUUUAUGGAAGGGAAAAUAGCUAGACUGGAGAGGAAAGGCUUAAGCCAACGAGGGAAAUCGAGGGGCAAGAAGAGAACCAACAUCGGAGAAGGAAGAGAUUGCCAGCAAUGGAGAAUGGAAAGGGAAGGGGAAGAAAGGAGAAGAAAGGAAGAAGGUGGGGAACCACAGAAAGGAGAAAUAAGAUAACCCAAAUAAGCUAAGGAUAAGCUU